UUGCAUGACAAUAUUUUAGGUUCACAAUAAUUAAAAUUAGACUGGUUUGUAUUUCUCACUGAACAAUAUGGCUGCCAUUUUCACCCCAUUCUGGAGGUUCGGACUAGAGGGAAUAAAGCUACAGCUACUUUUUCAUUGCAGGUUAGGAUAAUUAACGUGGCAGGUUACGAUACUUAGGUUAAGGUUUGGAAAAGGGUUAGGAGUAGGAAAGGAAGAGUCGAAGCGAAAGGGAUAACUAGGCCCAAAAGCUGUCUUCUCCAGCAGGUGGCGUUAUUUCUGCUCACCAAGCGAGGAGUUUUUGUAUCGAGGUCAAUGAGAGAGUGUCGACAUUUGUAAACAAAACAUUUAAUGUCUUAUUUGCUAGGUGGGGCUAUUUGAUCGAAUAGAUAAGUUUCAUAAUGCGGGUUUUUAAGAGUGUACUGAUACAAGUAGGACACUUGACAUCCCGGCAACUUUGAGAAAAUACACUUUAUAUCGGAGUCGUGCCUGUUGUUCACAUGCAUAUCUGCCCUCUCUUUGGCUAGAAUGGUAACAACUGAUCGUACCUCUUCCCGACUGCCUUCCAUUUUUGAAGACAUUUAUUUUCAUUGUUAAAGCGGCCACUAUAGUAUGUGGUCAAUAUAAUGUAUUUGGUUAGGGUUAGCUAAAAUGUUAUCCUAACCUACGACGAAAAGCCUCUACCGGUCGUGCCUGUAUUCCCUCAAGUCACAAUCCAUUCUGGAACUUUUGAGGGUUUAUAGCCUCUCUAGUAAGCAGCCAGGUACUUAGGUGGAGCCAGCCUGCAUGGAUUAUCGCGCUCACUAGCCAGCACACGUAACAGGUGGAGCCGUAAAAUCAUAUGGAAUCAAAUCAAAUUGAAGAUACUUUGGAUACAUUUCUAACGGUGUAGACUUAAAAGAAAUACCACUAUAGCCAGAUGAGAGCCUCUGGACCAGCAUAAAGAUCCCCUGAAUCGGGAAGGUUGAGCGGCCUCAUUCUACAACAGUACCUGGCUGGGACAGCAUGGAUUCUCUCCUGAGCUACAGAAGAGGUAGCAGCAGCGACAAACAUUUUGAUGUUGGAGGCUGACCCCGACAUAGCCAUCGACCAUCGGAAUACUAAGGUUGGAGUCUCUAUAGAGACAUGAACUGCUGUCCUUGAUCCACAGUGCGUUAUGGUGUGAGCAGGACUAAGCAGCGCUCCCACACAUCCCCUCCCACCCGGGCACCAAGCCAUGUCUCCUCUCUCUGCCCUGGGUGUUUUCUGUGGAUUGUUCCUUCAUAUAUGUCUCAGUAAAUACAACACUCACAGUUGUAUCCCACGGAAGAGUGUCCUCUACCAGGGCAAUAUGAAACUGUUCAGAGAGGAAGGGAUUUGGAACUACUCCACCAUGUUGGUUCGAGAGGAUCUGGGCCUGCUGCUGCUCGGGGCUCGAGAGGCAGUCUAUGCCCUGGACAUCAAUGAUAUCUCCAUCAAGAAGUCUGGGGUGUAUUGGCGGGUCACUGAGGAGAAACAGAGGGAGUGCACGUACAAAGGGAAACGCGCUGAAAUCGAAUGCCGUAACUACAUCCGGACGCUGCAUAAAGUGGAUGACAGCAGAAUGUAUGUGUGCGGGACAAAUGCUUUCAGCCCCACUUGUGAUUACAUGACCUACUCUGAAGGACAGCUGAGACUAGAAGAAGUGCAGGAGGAGGGAAAAGGGAAAUGCCCCUUUGAUCCCUUCCAGAAAUACUCCUCCAUCAUGGUCGGAAAUGACCUGUACUCUGCUACCUCCAUCAACUUCCUGGGCUCAGAGCCUGUGGUUCUCCGCAGCUCCUCCUCUGUGCUCCGCACUGAGUUCAAGAGCUCCUGGCUCAACGAGCCAAACUUUGUAUACAUGGACCUUGUCCCCGAGAGCAAUAACAACCCAGAGGGUGAUGACGAUAAGGUCUACCUGUUCUUCAGCGAGAACGCCAUGGAGUAUGACUUCUACAACAAGCUCAUGGUGUCACGAGUGGCUCGUGUCUGCAAGGGGGAUAUGGGCGGCCAGCGGACACUCCAGAGGAAGUGGACGUCGUUCCUGAAGGCUCGUCUGGACUGCUCUCUGCCAGAGCCCAGCCUGCCAUCCAUUGUACAGGAUGUCUUCCUGCUCAAAAAUGAUGACUGGCGCAAAAGUGUUUUCUACGCAGUGUUCACUCCCCAGUCGAGCUCGUCCGACAUGUCUGCAGUGUGUGCGUAUAGUGUGUCAGCCAUCGGAGACGUGUUUGAUAAGGGGAAGUUUAAGACGCCAGUGACUGUGGAGACGUCCCAUGUGAAGUGGGUCAUGUACAGUGGAGAGGUGCCCACCCCAAGACCUGGAGCUUGCAUUAACAACGCAGCAAGGGCCCUUGGGAUGGAGCGCUCCCUGGACCUGCCAGACAAGACCCUGCAGUUCAUCAGGGACCGGCCCCUCAUGGACGAGGCCGUGCACCCGCUGACCGGCCGUCCGCUGCUGGUCAAAAGGGGAGCCAUGUUCACACGCCUGGUGGUGGACAGCGUGCUAGCUCUGGACGGGGAGAGAUACGCAGUCAUGUUCAUCGGCACAGAGAACGGCUAUGUGCAGAAGGCAGUGAACUACGCUAGGGAGAUGUUCAUCAUUGAAGAAAUACAACUGUACCAGACCCCAGAGGCUAUCAGGACCCUGCGUCUCUCUAGCACGGGUCAGCUGUAUGCAGGCUCUGAGUAUGGAGCUGUGCAGAUGCCUCUGAGUGACUGUGGCCGUUAUGAGUCGUGUCUGGACUGUGUCUUGGCCAGAGACCCUUACUGUGGCUGGGACCUUUCCACUGGCCUCUGCUCUGCUGUGGCCAGCUCACUCUCUGCCUCAGACACCACGAACAUGAUUCAAAGUCUAAAAGAUGGUGACAACUCACAAUGUCCGAAAUCAGAGACCAUGAAGCCAGAGAACUACACCUUAGUUCCUGGCAACAACAUCAAGCUGCCGUGCCAGCCUGACUCCAACCUGGCACAGGUACAGUGGCUCUUCUCAGGGCAACCGCUGCUCUCUGACACCAAGUACUACAUCUACAACGAGGGCAUCCUCAUCCUCAAUGCCUCUGCCACCGAUGCCGGCCAGUACACCUGUGAGUCUGUUGAGCAGGUGAACAGCCGACCGUACACCAGGACAAUGGCAGUCUAUCAACUGUGGCCCCACACUAACAUAGAGGAGGAGCAGAGUGAGACGACGACAGAGUCCCCCCAUAGUCACAGUACCCCAUUACCAGAGCUCCCGGAGGAGCCAAAAACUUUGGAUACCCCUCUCCCCCCUGAGUCACAGUGUGAAGACAGCAGGGUGGUAGGGCUGCAGGUGGUGGUGGUGAUCCUCUCUCUGAUGCUGGUUGGUCUAGUAGCCUGGAAUCUGUAUAAAGGAUGCUUUAGAAACAGAUUCUCCGAGAACUCAGGCUCUGGCCAGGUGAAAAGGCUGUCGGUUGACAUUCAAAACAAUAUAACUUCAGAGUUCAAGCUGCUGGGACCUACACCCAGUCACAGUGCUGACAAGAAUCACCAUGCUAUCAUAGCCUUCAAAGGGAAUGGGGAACACCACUUCUCUCCUGGAAUCAACAUUUCCACUGUGGAUGGUUUGGGGUACAUUGAUGAUGAGUCAGAGAUCUGACCCUCAGUGUUCACCACUCUCUGGGGUUUGCGCUCUCUCACCAGGCAGCUGAUUUAAGACACUAGCGCAGUGUCAAGCUCUGGACAUUGGACUUGUGUUGGGCACGUUUGUGUUAUUUUUCUAGGAAUUGUCCUUAACAUUUGCCCACCACUACAUCUCCCUAGAUUGAAUGUAUUUUGUUUAGUCAUUGCAUAAGGCGAAUACAUUGUACAUCCCUGUGUUAAAUAUUUUGUACAGUCAUAUAUAUUGCAAAUAUUUAUUUGUAUUAAUGUAAGAUAUGUAAUUACCUCAUAAUCAGGAUGUGAUAUCUGAAGUAAAUAAGACCAUAAUACUAAUAUUUUUGUCGUACAUACUUGUUAAGAUCUACAAAUAUCCUAAGCAUUUCAUUCUACGGACCAGUAAUGAUUAUUCCAAACCUUUUUAAGUAGAUCAAGACAAAACAGCCAUGGACCAAAUACAAAUAAUUGAACUUGGACAUAACUUUGACUGCACAUUCUCUUGACUUGCGUCUUGUUUAAAUGUCUCUCAGAACCAACUGAAUAAUAGGAACAUUGUUUCUCUCUUCUCCUUUUCACCAGCAGCACUUUGUCAUUACACUCAGUGUUGCUUCACAUUUGAUGUAAAAUAAGUAAUUUAGAGAUCAGUGUUUGGAGUUAGCUGCCUUCUAUCAUGAUUGUAACUCUUAGUUCUAGAUUAAACUCAAUCAAGGGAUCAAAGUUGUCAUGUUGUCACAACCAUAACUUCCAUUUUGGUCAUUGCUAUUAGGAAUUUUAUAAUUAUUUCACAAGUUGUUUUUUCGCUUUUUAUUGGCAUUGGAUUCAAACACAUUAGUUAUCCUGACUAGCGGGAAUUCUGCUGUCAUCUUCAUGUAACAACAAUAUCCACGAGAGCGGUCUCUUAUCAAGGGGUUUACCUGCCCAAGGGGUAUAUUUAAGUGUUCGAUACCCUAGCAACUGACAAUGUCACUUAUUUCACUGGAAUUUGUUUUUCUACUGGGAGUUUGUUUUUGUAUUACACAAUGACGGACAGAUGAGGUGGUCUGUGUUGUCCCAGCCAGCCAUUGUCAUCUUUGAAAGCAGUUAAUACAGUAUUGGUAUGGA